UUGAAAUUCAUUCAUUUUCGACUAGUGAACAACGAUCUGAUAUAAAAUGAACAAACAACCGGGACAGCAACCAUUGAGAUCGCUUAGCUUGACGUCUGCGGCCAAGUCACCUGAGGAGGUUGAGCCGGAGCAGGAUUCGAAGAAAGGAGAGCCACGUGCCAAGGCUGCAGGAUUCGGAGGAGGUGGAGGUGGUGGAAAGAGACUCCCAGAGGCAAGAUCUACGCCAAUGGUCAUUCCGAACCAGGUAGCAGCGAUGCCGGUUCAGAUGACUGGCUUCGUCCAACUUGUCGCCAACAACAUUCUCAGCGCCAUUGCCCAUACCAACUCUGUGAUGGUUGUCCAAUGCAUCAAACCCCUCGAGAUCUUCACCGGAUUCGAAACUCCGAAUCGCUACGUGGUCCAUGACAUGUACUGCCGCCCGCUGCUUUAUUGUAUGGAAAGAUCGAACAUCUUCGCUCGUCAGUACGAAGGAAACGAUCGUAACUUCGGAAUGCAGAUCAUGGAUACCCACGGAGCUCAGGUGAUGACGUGCUUCAGAGGAAGACCAUGCUGCUCGACCGAUGAUUUUCUGAGCACCCAGUUCCUCGAUCAGCAGAUUGGGAUGAUGAAGAAGGAGUGCUGCAAUCCUAAUUUCGAGCUCGUCGGAUCCGGCUGCAACCAGCCCCUGCUCAUCCAAUCUCCAGGUUGUGCAGGCUGUGGUGGCACCCAGAAGUUCCCAGUGAUGACCUUCAAUGGUGUGCUCGUCGGAGAAAUUGUCCGCCUCUACCCGGGAUUCAUGCAGGAGAUGUUCACCGAUGCGGACACCUAUAUUGUUCAUUUCCCAAUGGACAUGCCGCCAAUCUUGAAGCUUCUGCUUGUCACCUCGGUUUUCCUGAUCGACUUCACCUACUUCGAGGAUCGUAACCAGGAUCAACAUCGUAACGGCGGAAUGCAUAGCGGAAUGCAUAGCAGCUUCUAAACUUAUAAAGGAUCCUGUUCACAAAUUCACUUGCAAACUAGAAUAAACUAGUUUUUU